UUGUUAGCACCGUUCCAUCCCUUAAAAUAUGCCCUUGACUAACCCCACUAACCCACGUGAGUCAGUCUAAACCGGUAGCGAAUCUAGCUGGUCAAAAAUAAAAUAGAAACUAACGUAAAACGGAUAGUUACAUCUACUUAUUUUAUUCUAAAACACCUGACCUGACACCCGGAUAGGCUCUGCUAACAUGUCACAGAACAGUAAGUCUCUGUUGUGUUUACUGCAGCGGUGUGUCGCAGUAAGAAAGUUACCGACAUGCAUCACAACAAGACGCAGCAGCAGCGUGUUGUCGGCCGGGUCCGGCUUCACUUCACAGCCGACAUGGACAUCCACAAGCCGGGCAGUCUGUCCGCUGCAGCUCGCAGUGAGAACCAGCCAGUACCGCUUCUGUACCAAGGCAGGACAACCGCUGGAAGAUGAAUACCCUCCGCUGGCGCCAUAUCAGCCGGAACCAGAGCCGGAGAAGAAGGAGGUGUACUUCAUGGAGGUCAGAGGGCUCCCCUGGUCGUGCUCGGUGCAGGACCUCCUGCAGUUUUUCUCAGAGUGUAGGAUCCUUGAUGGGGAGAAGGGUAUCCAUCUCACUGUGGAUAGGAACGGGAGGCCGUCAGGAGAGGCCUUCAUCCAGGUGGAGCAUGAAGACGAUGUCAGAAAAGCUCUGGAGAAGCACCGACAGUACCUCGGCCCGCGAUAUGUGGAAG